UAAAUAAAUAAAUAAAACGAAAACGGAAAACGAAGAGAAUUAAAGAACAGAACAAAAGAAAAUCAGAGUUGUGAAGUUCUGAUCCAAUUGGCUGAAUCCAUAAAAGGGAAAAACACCGCAUCUCUCUCUCAUUCUCCGUCUCUAUUUCCGAUUUCCUCCGUUCACCGGUAAACAAGUAUAAAAAAUUGAUUUUUGGUUUCUGAGAGUGAAAAAAAAAAUAAUUAGAAGAAGAAGAAACAAGGAAAAAGAGAUCUGUGCUUGGCUGGGGUUUCAAGCAUAAAUCAAUGAGGAAUUCCCGCGUGGAACUUGGGAGGCCUGCCUCAGGUAAAAGAAGGUUGAAAGAUUUAUUGCUUCAGCAGGAUAAUCGUGUUUGUGCUGAUUGUAAUGCUCCAGAUCCUAAAUGGGCGUCAGCCAAUAUUGGAGUAUUUGUUUGCUUAAAAUGUUGUGGUGUGCACAGAAGCCUUGGUUCUCAUAUAUCAAAGAUUUUAUCUGUGACUUUGGAUGAAUGGACAGAAGAAGAAAUUGAUUCAAUGAUUGAAGUUGGGGGGAAUGCUGCUGCUAAUUCAAUAUAUGAGGCUUAUAUUCCAGAAGGACAUAAAAAACCUGAACCAGAUGCCAGCCAUGAACAGCGUGCAAAUUUUAUAGUGUCAAAAUAUGAGAAUCAAGAAUUUUUGAAACCUGGCUUGCGCAUUGUGUCUGGGAAAGGCGGUCCAAAUUCAAACUCCGCAAAAAGUCGCAUCGAUGGUGGUAGUUCAAAGAGAACGGAAGGUAUGGUGGAAUUUAUUGGAAUGUUGAAGGUGAAAGUGAUUAGAGGCACCAAUUUAGCUAUUAGAGAUAUAAAGACAAGUGAUCCAUAUGUUGUUUUGAACCUUGGCACACAGACUUCCCAGACAAGGGUAAUAUCGAGUAACUUGAAUCCAGUCUGGAAUGAAGAAAUUAUGUUGUCCGUUCCUGAAAUAUAUGGACCAAUAAAACUGAAAGUGUUCGAUUAUGACACAUUUUCUGCUGACGACAUAAUGGGAGAAGCAGACAUUGACAUUCAGCCCCUGAUAUCAUCUGCCAUGGCAUGUGGUAAUGCUGCAAUGUUUGCCAAUAUGCAGAUAGGAAAGUGGUUAAAAGCUGAUGGGAAUGCACUUAUUGAAGAUAGUAUAGUCAAUAUUGUUGAUGGGAAGGUUAUACAGGCCAUGACACUGAAGCUCCAGAAUGUUGAAUGUGGAGAAAUAGACCUAGAAAUUGAGUGGAUUCCUCUUGAUCAAUAGGUACUUGCCCAUGUUAAACUACCAAUUCUCUUGUUGAAAUCCUUGUAACUUUUUUCAUAUACUAUGGUCUCCUUAUCCUAGAAGAAUAUCCUUCCCAACAUUGUACACAGAUAAAAAGGAACGGAGAUAGUAAUAAUAAUAAUAGAUUAUGCCAUGUAUAUUUAUUUCUUACUGUUAAAUACGAAGCUUAAUCAAAUUGUCUCCUGAGAACAUAUAACCUUUUUGGUCGUGUUGGUAAUCAUAACCUUACUUUUAUGAGUGCAAAUGCCAGUUUGCAUGAUAGUUGGUUUAUGCAGAACUAUACACCUUAUGUGUCAUUUUUCCACUGAAAU